AUGUUGAAUGCCUCACAAGCAAAAUUACAAAUUGAACCCCUUGAAGAUGGGAGUGGAGAAAAUUGCUGUACGUUUGUUUUUUAUGAUGAAGAUCACACACUUGGGAAUGCUCUUCGAUACAUAAUUAUGAAAAAUCCAGAAGUAGAAUUUUGUGGAUAUUCUAUUCCUCAUCCAGCUGAGAAUAAACUUAAUUUAAGAAUACAAACAAAUGGUGUAUCUCCUACUGAUGUUCUUAGAAAAGGAUUGGAAGAACUGCUAAACACUUCGGAUCAUGUUUUAAUAACCUUUGAAGAUGCCAUAUCCAAAUUUGAAAAAGAUCAAGAUUGA